AGAACCGGGCCUGAUUUGCCUCCAAAGUGUGGUGAAGUGGAGUACAAAGUAGCAGAUGAUUUAAAUACUUAAAUGAAGUACAAGUACCUCGAAACUGUAUUUAAGUAGAGCACUUGAGUAGAUGCACAAUAUUACAUUCCAUCAUGGCUCUAUAUACUUUUGCUUCACUACAAUUGGUGAGACAAAUAUUCUAUUCAUAUCAUGUUCUAUUUUACAAAGAUUAUAAGUUGUUUUUUUUUCUUUCUUUUUUUUUUAAAUAAAGCUCCCAGGCUACCUUCGUUGUUGUUCUUGUAUUAUGACCAGGUUUUGAACUUACUGUGAAGGGCAGAGGAACUAAAGGAAACCGGAAACUCUCAGGUGUCACCUGCGCACCUCCUUUUUUUCUUUUUUUUUUCUUUUUUUUCCCCCUCGGACGGGAUACUUUCACCUGUACCAGAUCCACCUCCCUCCUAACCAUUACACACCCUCCUGGUGUUGUACCUGCUAUCAAAGACUGUGGUUUCAAUCCUGCUCCGGCUUGUUCGAGGAAUUUCGAAGAACCUAUGAGAUUUUACGACGACGGUUCAAUCGUUUCUCCCCACAACACCUGCCGCGACGUCGAAGUGAAAGUAAAUGUAGUCGGAGGCAGAAUUCCCGAGACUUGUCCCCCGCUCUUCAAAAAUGGCUCGUCGGUAUUUUCUGCGCUGUGUCAUUCUGUCCGACAUUCUCUUCUUCAGCCUCGUUGCUGGACAGUCUCCGAGAUAUGAACUCAGGGGUCAGAAGGUCAGCUUGAAGCCAGACAUCCCUGGACGCCCUGAAAAUAUUCUGUGGAAGAGGAAUGGCAACAAGGUGGUGGAGUUUAACGGCCAGGAGCAAGAGGCGUACGGACAGUAUGAAAACAGGGUCUCUCUUGACUGGCACAGUGCAGAACUCAACAUCACUGAACUCAGAUUUGAAGACAGUGGAGACUAUGAACUGGAAGUAUACAUGAACAAAAAAUUGUCUAUAUCACUUCAUAAAUUGGAGGUCAUAGACCGUGUUGCAAAGCCCAACAUAUCCUGUGAGAUGAACGAUGGCAGCGGCUCUAACAAAUCCGGAACACUGCUGUGCUCUGCAGAGCCCAGACAGCCUCGAUCCUUAAUGAAGUUUGAGUGGCGAUCACGUGGAAAAGUGCAGCCUGGCACAAAUUUAACCAUAUCCCUUGGGGAUGAAUAUGAUGAUGAAGAAUACAGUUGCAGGGUGCAAAACCCUUUAAGUGAAGAAACAACUUCAUUCAUAGCAAAGCAUUGCUACCCUGAGAACAAUUCAGUGCUGAUUGGCGUUCUAGUCGGCAUCGCAGUACUCUCACUCUUUGUCAUGGGUCUGGGUAUAUUCUGCUGCAAACAACACAAUAAAGUGUGUUUUGCUAAAGGGAACAGACAAGAAGGGUCAGAUGAGGGUAGACCUGAAGAAUGUAAGGUUCUUAUUGACAGAACACCCACAAUGCCCUCUACUCAGCGACUUUUCCAAGGUAGUGUCCGAAACAAAGUAGAACUGUUUGAGUCCAGCUUUCAUGGAGAGAGUCUUCCCAUAUCAUUUCCAGCAGGUUUACAAAGGAACAAAGACAAGAAAAAGAGGCCUCCUCUGGAUCUCAAUCAUCUUGCUAAUAACAACAAAGGUGAUGCAGAUGAAGAGAAGCUCAGAGAAUCUGCAAAGACAGAAGUCCCACAGUGUGAAAAUACACCAGAGCCGGCUGCUGAAUUAACCGACACAAUGUCCUCAACUGCUGCUGAACAGUCAGUUUUAGAAAAGAACAAAGAUGAGAAUGAGGAAACUGGACCUCCUCCUUCCACUCCACACAGUGAGUCACAGUCUCCUCUCGAUCCAAGUAAUGCUGCUAGUAACGACAAUGGUGAUGCAGAUGCAGAGCGGCUGAGCGAACUUGCAGAGAAAGUGCUCCAACAUCAUGACUCCUCAGAUUCUGAGAAAGAAAAUGAACUAAAGCCAGCUGAUGUGUCAACAAACACGAUGUCUCCUCUGGAAUUGUCCUCUGCGUCUGAACACCAAGAACAUGAUGGAGAUUCACAGGAUGAAACGCCAAAAAAAGUCUUUCCAGGUAGAGUCCGAAACACAAUAAAACUGUUUGAGCCCAGCUUUCGUGGCGAGAGUCCGUUCAUAUCAUUUCCAGCAGGUUUAGAAAGGAACAAAGACAAGAAAAAGAGGCCUCCUCUGGAUCUCAAUCAUCUUGCUAAUAACAACAAAGGUGAUGCAGAUGAAGAGAAGCUCAGAGAAUCUGCAAAGACAGAAGUCCCACAGUGUGAAAAUACACCAGAGCCGGCUGCUGAAUUAACCGACACAAUGUCCUCAACUGCUGCUGAACAGUCAGCUGAGGAUGAUGAAGAGUGGUCUCUUCUUGACACAACAGUGACACCUCCCACUCCUCAGUCACCUGUCCAUGUGGGAGACUCCGACACUGUAAAAGGUUUAGAAAAGAACAAAGAUGAGAAUGAGGGAACUGGAUCUGAACGAAAGCCAGCUGAUGUGUCAGCAAAUACGAUGUCUGACGUGGAAUCGUCCACUGCAUCUGAACACCAAGAUUCAGAGAAGGAUGAGGAAGGAAAGUCUCCUCCUGCAGAUGUUGUCACUCCUGUUCCAAAGCCACGUUCACAGUUACCCCAGAACUCUCCAAAUAUAGCUCCUGAGGGGAUCACUGGUGGACAAAAGGAAGAUGCCAACUCAAAUCAGGUCAACGGAGAAACUGACACAUCAGGUGUCGGGGAAGCAAAUGAAUCGGGUGCCUCUGGUGAGGAUGAAAAUUUGUCCCCUGUUUCUGAACAGAAAGCCUCAGAAACGACACAACAUGACCAGGAUCCAAACCUGACACAGAGUGAAACACACACAAGUGAAGAUAACCAGCAGGAAAUGGACAAACCAGUUUCUGCAGCUGAAAAACAAUCAGGUAGUGAAGGUAACAGUGAAGAACCAGAUCUGUAUUCAGCCUCCUCCCAUCAGCCUCAGAGCUCCACGCCAACAAAACCAGACAACAGGAGCAGCGAUAACUUUCAAGAGUCUCCUGACGCUGCACAUGAAGAGCCAGGUCAGCAAGGAGAGGGUGAGACCACGAAAGAGUCAGAGGAGUCUGGUGAGAGUAAAGAUGAUAAUGUUCAAGAUAAAAAAUGAUGCCCACAGUGGCCCAAAAGAAGAAAAAGCCAAGUCAAAUGGAGCCUUAGUGAGCAUAAAGGAGGACAAAAGAAUGAUGAAGUUGUUGCAUUGGCAAACUGAAAAGAGAAACUUUAAAAGGAACAAAUUCAAGUAUUUGGGGCUUUUUAACCUUUAUAAUAAGAUCAGGACUCAGCCUGAGUAUGUAUGGCGGAUGUUGAAAAUACAACAUAGCAGAAAGACAAAGCGAACAGAUCAAUAAGAACAUGUACAUUUAGAGUUCAUAGAAUAUGGAGGACUUUCAGUUUAAGAUAGUCUGAGGGCUGAUAAGUGUUUGCUGUAUGGCUGUAGGGAUAUUAUGGAGAGAUGGCCGUAUCUCCUUUGCCUGUUUCUCAUGUAAAGUAACAUUUUAUAAAAGUUGACAUUAAAACCAGCAAUAACAUUGUGCUAACUAGAUAACUAGAUAGGUCUGUGGAGUAAAUCUGAAAUCACACUUCAUAAUUUGAAGGAAGUGAUCAGAAAUUAAUCUCAGAGAUUAUGAUUCCUCUGGUUUUACUACUUUUAACUUUUGCACUACUUUUGAUAUUUAUCAUGUUCACUGUAACAGAUUCAUUAUACACUAUGUUUUUUUAUCGCUUGCCUUUGUAAAUGAUACAAAAAAGUUUUGAUCUAUGGAGCUACAUGUGUCUGUUUGUUUUAUAAUCACUAAUUUUAUAUAAAUUGUAUAAUUAAUUCAGUCAAAACUGUGAUAGCAUUAAUCUUUGAAUAUCGUGCUUUGACUUUUAAUUUUACAUGAAAGAGACACCGACAGUAUAACAGAAAGAAGCACUAAUCUAUUAAAUCUCUGCUCAAAAGGCAGACAUCAUGCUGACAUCAUGGGACAAAGACAAAAACAGAUGUAUAAAGUUUUUAGAAUUAUUGAAUGUGUUGCAUGAGAGUGAAAUCAUCACAAACGUCAGAUAAUCCUUGUGGAUUAAUUAAGGACUGAAUAAUCCAUGUGAUGUCACACAUGUGAUUAUGUUACAAUAGAAAAGUAACCAUCAUAACCACGCUGAGAAUAUGAGAUGAGAAAGAUCCAUUUUUUGUUGUUCUUUGUUUAUGAAAUGUGUUUUGUGUACUCAUUUAUUAAGCUUGUUUUUGCAAAUUAAUAUGCCAGUGUUUGAAAUGUGACACCUAAAGGUCCCAUUUGUAAGACAAGUUGAUUUCUCAAAUCAUCAAAUACCGAUGCUUUGGGAUUGUAAAACAAGUAGGCUGACAUCCCACUGCGUCAGCAUCUGACAUGUUGGGGAUGAGACUCAAAAAACAGCUUUUCUUACAAACAAGAACCUUUAAAGCUAUAUUUUAUUUGUAUUUUGUGUAGCUUCUGUUUACCGGUGAUGAAUGUUUUUGAUAAAGACAAUGCUAGUGUGAGCAGUUUUA